AUGUCGGGAUCUUCGAAUUCUGAAUUUGUGACUUUAGUAUCGCGCGAUGGAUUUGAAUUCAUCAUCCCCCGCAAUGUAGCUUGUGUCUCAGGGACCAUCCGACGCAUGCUGGACCCCUCGAGCAAAUUCUCUGAGGGUGUCACCGGCCGCUGUGUGCUCGAUGAGUUCCCUGGCAUGGUCAUCGAAAAGGUCUGCGAAUACCUUUGCUAUAAUGAAAAGCACAAGGACAAAGCGAACGUUCCGGACAUGGAUAUUCCGCCUGAGCUAUGCCUCGAACUCUUGAUGGCUGCCGAUUACUUGGAUGUUUGA